AUGGCUUCACCUACAAACAUGUUAGCAGAAGAGCAAGUCCAUUGUUCCAUCUGCUUGGAUGUAUUCACCAAUCCAGUGUCCAUCCCCUGUGGCCACAACUUCUGCAUGGCCUGCAUUGGUGACUACUGGAAGACCAGUUCCCUCUUCAUGUGCCCCAUGUGCAAGAAAAUCUUUUUCAAGCAGCCGGACAUUAGCAUCAAUACAGUGCUGCGUGAGAUUGCAGAGCAGUUCAAGGAAAUGAGAAUCAACCGUGGAAUGAAUCAACAGCACUCCCAGCAACAACAAGAGCCAGAGAAACUAAAGGAAGACCUGCUUUUGGAAAUGCCAGAAUUGAUUCCACCAAGUGAGCCUUUGAUCGAGGGAGUGAGUUGUGACGUCUGUACCGGGCCUCAGCAGCAGGCUGUGAAGUCAUGCCUAGUGUGCCUCACUUCAUACUGUGAAGAACAUCUAAAGACACACACAGCUAGAUUCACUAAACACAAACUAAUCGAGCCAGUGCAGAAUCUAGAAGAGCGCAUGUGUAAGAAGCACGAGAGGCUGCUGGAGCUGUUUUGUAAGAAAGAUCAGAUCAUGGUGUGUGUGCUCUGCACAGAGAUGGACCACAGGGCACACUACACUGUGCCAGUUGAACGAGAAUGGAGUGAGAAAAAGGCUGUGCUAAGAAAAACAGAAACAGAGGUUCAGCAGAUGAUCCAGGAACGACUCAAGAAGGUUGAGGACAUCAAACACUCUAUUGAACUGAAUAAACACAGUGCUCUUCGGGAGAUUGAGGACAGUGUGCAGGUGUUCUCGAACUUGGUCCAUAUGGUUCAAAAAGCACAAGCUGAGCUUGUUCUUGCCAUAGAAGAGAAGCAGAGAAAAACCGAGUGCUGGGCUCAAGGACUUAUCGAGGAACUAGAACAAGAGAUUGCCAUGCUGAAUACAAGGAACAGUGAGAUUGAUCAUCUUGCUCGCACUGAUGACCACAUUUACUUUCUUCAGAAUCUCCCAUCUCUAAUCACCCAUCCACAAACUAAAGACUGGUCUGAGACCCAUGUGCCCACAGAUCAGUGUCUGGGGACAAUCAGGAGAGCUGUAUCAAAACUGGAAGAAACCCUGACAGAAGAGAUGGAGAAACUUGCAGAAACUGAGCUAAAGACUGUUCAGAAGUACUCAAUGGAUGUGACCCUUGAUCCAGACACAGCCAAUCCUUGGCUGCAACUCUCUGAGAACAGACGACAGUUGCGUCACCUGGGGGCAUGGCAAGACCUGCCUGACACACCAGAGCGUUUUGACACAGUGGUCAUCACCCUGGGCCGUGAAGGUUUCACUUCUGGCCGCCAUUACUGGGAGGUCCAAGUGGGUGAAAAGGAUGACUGGUACCUGGGUGUUGCCAGAGCAUCUGUCAACAGGAAAGGCCGCAUUGCCAUAAGCAUGACUCAAGGCUAUUGGGCACUGGCUAUGAAGAAAGGACAAGAAUACAGAGUCUCCUCCUCCCCACCUUUUAUUCUUUCUGUCACCCCCAGGCUGAAGAGAGUAGGUGUGUAUGUGGACUUUGAAGAAGGACAGGUGUCAUUUUAUGAUGCAAUAUCAAGAAGUCACAUCUACACCUUCAUGGACUCAUUCCAAGAGAAACUUUACCCGUUCUUCUACCUGUAUUGCUGUGAUAAGGCCUCGGACAUACUGAGCAUCUGUCCAGUGCCAGCGAGAACACAAAACAAACAGUGCUGAGCACGAAUGCAAGGACAAUAGGAACAAGUUUAAAUUGAAUUUUUUUUUAAACACCUGUGUUAUGAAACGGUGAAUGUGAUGUUUUGGUGCUUUAAACUGACACCAAGCGGC